ACCAGGCGGGAAACGGCGGAGGCGGCACCGCCGGGAUCGGGAUCGGACACCGGGCACCACACGGGACACCGGGAUCGGACACCGGGCACCACACGGGACACCGGGAUCGGGCACCAGGACCCUACCCCACACCGGGCACCGGCGAUCGGGCACAGCCUCGGGCUCCACACCGCGCUCGGUCCGCGGCCCCCGAGAGGCGGGGGUGGGCCCCGCUGCCCCGGUAGCGCCCUGCGGUUCCCGGCUCCCCUCAGCCAUGUCGGUGGAUCCCAUGGCCUACGAGGCGCAAUUCUUCGGGUUCACCCCCCAGACGUGCAUGCUGCGCCUCUACAUCGCCUUCCAGGACUACCUGUUCGAGAUGAUGCUGGUGGUGGAGGGCGUGAUCCUCAAGAAGCUGGACGCGAUCCCCGGCUGCCAGAUCAGCCCUUCGCAGAUCCGGAAAUGCACCGAGAAGUUCCUGCUCUUCAUGAAGGACCACUUCGACAAACUCUUCGGCAGGAUGGAAAAGGUGCUGCUGCAGCUGGUGCUGAACAUCCCCAGGAACGUGCUGCUGCCCGAGGACAGGGUGCACGAGCAGUAUCCCUACGGCAAGGAGGAAUUCCAGGCGCUGCAGGAGGAGCUGCAGCAGCUGCAGCAGCAGUGCAGGGCCGAGGCGGCCGCGGGGGAGGCUCUGAGGGCCGAGCUGGAGGAGCAGAAGGCUGUCACGGCAGAGCUGGAGAAGAUCUUGCAGUGCUUUGAUGGGCUUGAGAACAUCUGCAGGGAGCACGGGGUCGGCAACUUCAAGGAGAGCCUGGCCUUCCUGACACAGAACUCUAAGAAGCUGCAGGAUGCGCUGAAAGACGUCAAGGAGAAGAGCAAAAACAUGGAGCAGCAUGAGCAGUUAUUGUAAUGGAAACGCUGGAAAGGCAGCAGAAGUCGUUUAGAGAGCUUGCUUAAAUGGUAGAGGCUUGUCUGUCCCUCACUCCUCUCAUCCUGCCGGGAUCUGGACUAAAAGUUGAACUCCCUAGGGAAGAAAUCCUGUAAAAUGUAACUCAGACUGAUGAUCUGGAAUAAAUUUUGGGUUGGAU